AUGGCGACUCCCACCGCGGAUAGUCUAGCGUCGCGGCAUGGCCUUGACGAUGCUGCUCUCGGCCAGUACCUCGUGGGAACACCCUCGAUGCCGCCGCUGAAGCUGCCCGUGGUGUCGACAAAGAUUGGCUACGGUCAGAGUAAUCCGACGUACUAUGUCGACGAUGCUGCAGGUACCCGAUUGAUUCUCAGAAAAAAGCCAGCCGGCCAAAUCAUCAGCAAGGUCGCACAUCAGGUUGACCGCGAGUAUCGCGUGUUGAAAGCCCUGGGCACCGUGGAAGGGUUUCCCGUGCCCAAGGUGUACGCGCUAUGUAUGGACGAUUCUGUCAUCGGCACAGCGUUUUACGUCAUGGAGUUUGUCAAAGGGAGGAUAUUCACCGAUUAUAGCCUCCCAGAGCUAUCGCCUUCGGAUCGGCGCAAGGCCUGGUUCUCGCUGGUCGAGACCCUCGCGUGGCUGCAUUCCAUUGACCCGUUUUCCAUCGGCUUGGAAGGAUUCGGCAAGACCACGGGGUUUUACGCGCGGCAUUGCAACACCUUUGCGAGGAUCGAGGCCGAACAGGCCAAGAUCACAGAUAGCGAGGGAAAGCCGCUGGGCCGGGCGCACGAGCACUACGAUGAAAUUCUCGACUACGUGAGGAGGAAUCUACCUGGUGACCGCUACGCGAUUGUCCACGGGGACUAUAAAUUUGACAAUGUUAUCCUGCACCCUACCGAGCCACGAGUCAUCGCGAUCCUGGACUGGGAACUUUCCACCAUUGGACACCCGCUAAUGGACGCCGUCUUUAUCGUCUCAUCUUUCUGGAACGAAAAAUACAAGAACGCCACCGGCGGCUCUGGUGUCGUUGGCGCCGCACGCUCCUCGACACCUCUCUCCACCGUCAGUGGUGUCCCCAGCGCCGACGAGCUGAUAGACCGGUACAGCGAGAUCGUCGGGUUCGAUCCGCGCAAGGAAGGGGGGGGCAAGGACUGGGAAGUCGCCAAGAUCUUUCACCAUGUCCGUGGGAGCACGAUCACGCAUGGGAUCCAGGCGAGGACGAUCCGCGGCCAGGCAAGUAGCGAGUUCAGCCAUUUGUAUUUCGAGUACACCAAGUCAGGUCUGGACAUUGCGUGGAGAAUUGUGCAGGAGUUGAAGGCAAGCGAGACGCCGUUGGCGAAGAUCUGA